AUGGACCAUCCUGAUUUUAUUCUAAAUACAUUAAAUGAAUGGUGCGAAAAGAAUUUGAAAUUGAACAAUAAGACCUUCAUUGAAAAUGAAGAUUUUAAACUUCUACUUACACAAGGUGCAUCAGAAGGUGUUUGUAUUAUAUGUUCAUGUCAAGUAAAAUUUCAUCUUACACGUGUUCGUCAACAUUUUUCGUUAAGUAACUAUUACAAACAUUUAAAGUCGAAUAAAUGUGCAAUGAUUAAGAAAAAAAAAAUGAUUAAUAUUAAUAAUGAUAAUCGAUUAAAUAUAAAUAGUGAUCAUGAUUCAUCCGAUGAUGAAAUAUCAGACGCUGCUGGUUCACCUCAACGAAAACGAUUAAAAACAUGA